GCUCCGAGACUGGCAGUGAAGCGGCGGCGGACCAUCCCCACCGACCGGAGCGUUCCUCGCCCGUUUGCGUCCUCCGCACACAUGCACCUGGAGCUCGUGAUGUGCCGCGUUUCUGGGCACUAGUUUGUACGCGCGCUCCGGUCCGAGGCACGUCGCCGACGACGGGGGGUGCCGUUAUAUUUGUUAUUUGUAUUUGUCAUCACUGUACAUACAGGAGAGAGAGAGAGAGAGAGAGAGAGGGGGAGAGAGAGAGAGAGGGGGGGCAGCAGCAGCAGCAGCAGUGACCGUGGAGGGAAGACCACAAAACCGUGACAGCAAAGGCCGUCUACCUUUGGCUCGGCUUGCCGCCGGGAUUUACAAGAGCUGAGUUUGGCGUUUUUUUUUGUUUGUUUUUUUUGGAGUUUUUUUUGUUGCCUCCAACAUGGCGAGCGAGUCUCCGGCACGGAGUCUGGACGAGAUAGACCUGUCCGCUCUGAGGGACCCGGCUGGUAUCUUUGAGUUGGUGGAGCUUGUGGGAAAUGGUACCUAUGGACAAGUUUACAAGGGUCGCCAUGUUAAGACGGGGCAGCUGGCAGCCAUCAAGGUCAUGGAUGUCACUGGGGAUGAGGAAGAGGAAAUUAAGGCAGAGAUCAACAUGUUGAAGAAAUACAGUCACCACCGCAACAUUGCCACCUAUUAUGGAGCCUUUAUCAAGAAGAAUCCCCCCGGCGUCGACGACCAGCUAUGGCUGGUGAUGGAGUUCUGUGGAGCCGGCUCGGUGACGGACCUGAUCAAAAACACAAAGGGAAACUCUCUGAAGGAAGAGUGGACCGCCUACAUCUGCAGAGAGAUCCUCAGGGGUCUGACUCACCUCCACCAGCACAAGGUCAUCCACAGAGACAUCAAGGGACAGAACGUCCUGCUGACUGAGAACGCAGAGGUCAAACUAGUGGACUUUGGUGUCUCUGCCCAGUUGGACCGGACAGUAGGAAGAAGGAAUACGUUUAUCGGGACACCAUAUUGGAUGGCGCCCGAGGUCAUUGCAUGUGACGAAAAUCCCGAUGCCACCUAUGACUUCAAGAGUGAUUUGUGGUCACUGGGGAUCACGGCGAUAGAGAUGGCUGAAGGCGCUCCACCACUGUGUGACAUGCAUCCAAUGAGAGCCCUCUUCCUCAUUCCACGCAACCCGGCACCCCGACUCAAGUCUAAGAAAUGGUCAAAGAAGUUUCAAUCGUUCAUAGAGAGCUGUCUGGUGAAGAACCACAGUCAGAGACCCAGCACCGAGCAGCUCCUCAAGCACCCCUUCAUCAGAGACCUGCCUAAUGAGAGACAAGUCCGCAUCCAGCUGAAGGACCACAUCGACCGCACCAAGAAGAAGAGAGGAGAGAGGGAUGAGACUGAGUAUGAAUACAGCGGCAGUGAAGAGGAGGAUGAGGAGAGGGACAUGGGUGAGCCAAGCUCCAUCAUCAACAUCCCCGGAGAGUCAACUCUGAGGCGGGACUUCCUGCGUCUCCAGCUGGCCAAUAAGGAGCGGUCCGAGGCGUUGCGGCGGCAGCAGCUGGAGCAGCAGCAGAAUGAGGAGCACAAGCGCCUACUCCUGGCUGAGAGACAGAAACGCAUUGAGGAGCAGAAGGAGCAGAGGAGGAGGUUGGAGGAGCAUCAGCAGCGGGAGCGGGAGCUGAGGAAACAGCAGGAGAGGGAGCAGAGGAGGCGCUAUGAGGAGAUGGAGCAACUGCGGAGAGAAGAGGAGAGGAGGCACGCUGAGAGAGAACAGGAAUACAAGCGUAAGCAGAUCGAGGAGCAGCGUCAAGCAGAGCGUCUACAGAGGCAGCUCCAGCAGGAGAGAGCCUACCUGGUGUCUCUUCAGCAACAGCAACAACAGCAGCAGCAGCAGCAGCAACAGCAGCAGCAGCAGCAGCAGCAGGAGGGCAGAGUGGUAGACAAGAAACAGCUUUACCACUACAAAGACGCUGUCAACCCUAAUGACAAACCUGCCUGGGCCAAAGAGGUGGAGGAGCGCUCUAAGCUGAACAGACAGAGCUCCCCAGCGCUGCAGCACAAAGUGUCCAACCGUAUCUCCGACCCCUCCCUCCCUCCCCGCUCAGAGUCCUUCAGCAGCGGGGGCAUGCAGCCCGCCCGCACCCCACCCAUCCACCGCUCCAUCGAACCACAGAUGGCCCACCUGGUUCCAGUGAAGACCCACAACUCCAUGUCCGGCUCACAGUCUCUCCAGGACCAGUCGGGCUCAGCUGUUGGGGAAGGGGUCGGUAUGGGCUCACCCCGGCCCGAGAUGCCCCGCCAGAACUCGGACCCCACGUCUGACACGCCUGCGCCUCCACCACGCAUUGCCAGCCGGGACGAACGAGACAGGGACAGAGAGCGAGAGAGAGAGAGGGACAGGACCGCCUGGCUGAGAGAGGAAGACAUCCCACCCAAGGUCCCCACAAGGACCACUUCAAUCUCCCCAGCGCUGGUAAGGAAGAACUCCCCCAACGGAGGAGUAGGCCUGGGCCCUCGCACUGGAUCGCAGCUCAUACGAGCCAGUAACCCAGACCUACGCCGCUCGGAGCUCUCCCUGGAUGCUGUUCUUCAGAGAACCUCCUCCAAUUCCUCCUCGUCCUCUUCCCCUUCAUCACAAGGAGGCUCAACAGAAAGGAGAGGUCAACCUAAGCUGGAAGGAUCUCCUCCAGGAGUCAAUCAGGAGGCAAAGCCAAAACAGGAAGAGGGACGUGAGUCAGCCAGACCCAGCAGACCUGCAGACCUAAGUGCAUUGGCUAAGGAACUCCGAGAGUUGAGGGUGGAGGAGGGCAGCAGACCUCCAGUUAAGGUGACAGACUACUCCUCCUCCAGCGAGGAAUCGGAGAGCAGUGAUGAAGACGGGGAGACAGUGGGGCAUGAUGGGACUGUUGCUGUCAGCGACAUCCCACGCAUAAUGCCAGCAGUGCAGAGCAGUGUUGAGUCUUAUGGAGGGUUGACAGAAGACUCUCUGGAAGAUGCCUAUAACAGCUCCAAGGACAGCACUCUGAUGAUGAGAGAAGCGGAGGAGAGGAGGAGAGGCGGUCACACGGAGAGUAACGGGUUCGGGAACCACAGUAACCAUGGAAACCUGCCAGACCUGGUACAGCAGAGCAACUCCCCGUCGGCCACGCCCACCUCGGCGCUGCAGGAGAUGGCCGACAUGGCCGAGUUUGGUUUGGGUGGGUCUAAAGCGUCCUUCACCCCCUUCGUUGAUCCGCGUGUCUAUCAAACGUCCCCCAGCGAAAAUGAUGAUGACGAGAGCUCUGCCGCAGCGAUGUUUGCCAACGAGCUGCUGAGGCAGGAACAGGCCAGACUAAACGAAGCCAGAAAAAUCUCGGUGGUCAAUGUCAACCCUACAAACAUCAGACCCCACAGUGACACGCCAGAGAUCCGCAAAUACAAAAAACGUUUCAAUUCGGAAAUUCUGUGUGCCGCACUCUGGGGCGUGAACCUGCUGGUGGGGACCGAGAACGGUCUGAUGCUGCUCGACCGAAGCGGACAGGGAAAGGUCUACAACCUAAUCACCAGAAGGCGCUUCCUGCAGAUGGACGUCCUGGAGGGUCUUAACGUGCUGGUCACCAUAUCUGGGAAGAAGAACAAGUUGCGUGUGUACUACUUGUCCUGGCUGAGGAACAGGAUACUGCACAAUGAUCCGGAAGUGGAAAAGAAGCAGGGUUGGAUUACUGUGGGGGAGUUGGAAGGCUGUGUGCACUACAAAGUCGUGAAAUAUGAGAGGAUUAAGUUCUUGGUAAUUGCGCUGAAGAACUCAGUGGAAAUCUACGCCUGGGCUCCCAAACCCUACCACAAGUUUAUGGCCUUCAAGUCGUUCACUGAGUUACAGCACCGUCCUCAGCUGGUCGACCUGACUGUGGAGGAAGGGCAGAGGUUAAAGGUCAUUUACGGGUCCAGCGUGGGUUUCCAUGUCAUUGACGUGGACUCCGGCAACCCUUACGACAUCUACAUCCCCUCCCAUAUCCAGAGCCAAGUAACGCCCCACGCCAUUGUGGUGCUCCCUAAGACGGACGGGAUGGAGAUGUUGCUGUGCUAUGAGGAUGAGGGAGUCUACGUCAACACCUACGGGCGAAUCACCAAGGAUGUGGUGCUACAAUGGGGAGAGAUGCCUACCUCUGUCGCCUAUAUUCAUUCUAACCAGAUCAUGGGCUGGGGGGAGAAAGCCAUAGAGAUCCGCUCGGUGGAGACCGGCCAUCUGGACGGAGUCUUCAUGCACAAGAGGGCCCAGAGACUCAAGUUCCUCUGUGAGCGGAAUGACAAGGUGUUCUUUGCGUCGGUGCGCUCGGGAGGCAGCAGCCAGGUCUUCUUCAUGACACUCAACAGGAACUCCAUGAUGAACUGGUGAAAGCCACGCCCAUUUCCCCCCCCUCUGCCUCACUCCCCCAUUGGCCAGCCCAGCAAUCCAUCUCAGCCUGAGGCUCACUCACACCAAUCAAAUGAACCGGUGGGACUGGAAGGCCCCGAAGUGAACUCUUAACACUGGAGAGACUAGAACACUUGUAGAAAAAUGUCAAAGAUAUCGUAGAAGAAAAACAACAAAGAUAUUAUCUCAAUGAGGAGACAUGUUAAACCCUGGAUAUUGAUUGGUCAAGCAGGAGCCAUCAAUACUCAACUGACUGGCAAACUGGUGCCACUGCUUUCCAAAUAUUCUCCGUCUCCCUGUGUAUCUCUGUCUGUAAGUCUUUCUCUCUCUUUGUCUGUGUCAGGGUCUCUCUCUCUCUCUCUCUCUCUCUCU